AUGGGCCGCCAAUAUCUCAAAGAGGUCACUGGUUUACCAGGAUUGAAAUCAGCCCCCAGUGUCGACGUUCCCGCAAUCGUGAGAGAGGUCAUUGAGUCUAUUCGCAGUGACGGUGAUGCGGCUGUGAGAAAAUACUCGGAGAAGUUCGACAAGUGGUCUCCACCGAGCUUCAAGCUAUCUCAGGCUGAUAUCGAUGCGGCCAUUGCCAACUGUCCCAAACAAACUCUCGAUGAUAUCAAAGAAGUACAACAAAAUGUGAGAGCAUUUGCGGAAGCGCAGAAGAACUCUCUUAAAGACUUUGAAGUUGAAAUCCGACCAGGAGUUCAUCUCGGCCAGAAAAAUGUGCCCAUUGAUCACGUUGGCGCAUACAUUCCUGGUGGCCGGUAUCCACUCCUUGCAUCGGCGCAUAUGACUAUUCUAACUGCCAAGGUUGCCGGUGUUAAAAAUGUCAUUGGUUGCACGCCGCCAAUCAAUGGAAAGAUCCCUUUCAGCACCGUCGCUGCCAUGCACUUCGCUGGUGCCGACGAAAUAUUUCUCCUUGGUGGCGUUCAAGCCGUAGCUGCUAUGGCGAUAGGUACAGAGACAAUUCAGAAAGUGGACUUUCUUGCAGGACCUGGCAAUGCCUUCGUGGCCGAGGGCAAAAGGCAGCUUUUUGGCGAAGUUGGUAUCGAUCUCUUCGCGGGUCCCACUGAGAUUCUCAUCCUGGCAGAUCAGAGCGCCGAUGCCUUCACUGUGGCAACAGACUUAAUUUCUCAGGCGGAACAUGGCCCCGACACCCCUGCAGUGCUGAUCACGACUUGCGCGGAGCUUGGGCGCCAGACCAUCGAGAUUGUGAACCGCCUCCUUACCGCUUCUGAUCUCUCUACUGCAUCAGUAGCCAAAACUUCUUGGGACGCUUUUGGAGAAGUUAUCAUCGUUGAAACCAUGGACGAGCUGUGGACGCUAGGCAAUCAAUAUGCGAGCGAGCAUGUACAAGUCUUCACCCGUACUCCGCGUGAUGCACUGGAUCGUAUGACAAACUAUGGAGCCUUGUUCCUUGGUGAGAAGACAUGCGUCUCUUAUGGAGAUAAGGUUAUCGGCACAAACCACGUCCUUCCUACUCGCACCACUUCCCGUUAUACUGGGGGUCUAUGGGUUGGCAAGUAUCUGAAAACAUGUACUUACCAGGAAGUCACAUCCGAUCAGGCCAGUGGCGAUCUUGGUCGGCUCUGUGGGCGAGCGGCUCGGGCAGAGAAUUUUGAAGCCCAUGCUCGCUCUGGUGAUCUUCGUGCUAAUAAGUACAAGAGGGAUCAAAUUCAGUGGAUCGAAAAAUCUCAAAGAACAACUAGCUCCUUGUGA